GCUUUUUAUUUUUUUUUUCUUCCUUCUGUUUUCACUCUAACGUGAAGCAUUGCAUAAUUUAAUGUCACCUUUUUGUCAUUCGCGGUGCGGAAUGCGCUGGGUGAGGCGUGUGCGUGUGGGAACAGGGACUGACGGAUGCCGAGGGCUCUGCGGUCACCUCCAGAGCGUGGUGAGACCAGGAUUACCGGGUGGCUCUGAAGCAACAGCUGAUCUAAGCAGGGUAACAAAAUGGAUUACGAGAGGGCAAGCCAGUGAAAAAUCUGUGUGAGACAGAAAAGGCGGGUGUGUAAGAGAACACCGAUUUGCUGUGUAUUGGAGUAGGAAAGGUUUCAGUCAUGGAGUUCAGCUGUGCAAAGUUUGGCGAAGGUUUUCUAUGAAGGCUUAAUAUGCUCAAUGCUGUUCAUUUGAGAUAAUGAAUUGUGCGAUCUUAGGGUGAAAUGGGUGUCAGUGAGUGCGCUGACUGCUGUGGAAAUCAAUUGUGAUAACAAAAUCUGGCCUAUAGCGUUUGUUUGUUUUUUGUAAAUUCCUUUGAUAUAGAGUAACUGGAAGAUGAUUGAGGGCACAUCAGAAAUGGAGCCAGUAGGGACUGACCGGGCCCCGAGUCCCCCUUGGGCUCUGUGUGGGCAGAACUCUGGAGUGGCCUCUGGGCAGGCACGAGAGUCAUAUGCUGCCAUCAUGACGGCUGAAGAAACGGUGAACGUUAAAGAAGCUGAAAUAAUUAAGCUAAUACUAGAUUUUCUUAACUCAAGGAAACUUCAUAUCAGUAUGUUGGCACUUGAGAAAGAAAGUGGGGUCAUUAAUGGCUUGUUUUCAGAUGACAUGCUCUUUCUAAGGCAGUUGAUUCUUGAUGGUCAGUGGGAUGAGGUUCUUCAAUUCAUUCAGCCUCUUGAAUGUAUGGAAAAAUUCGACAAGAAAAGAUUUCGAUACAUUAUAAUGAAGCAGAAGUUCUUGGAAGCCUUAUGUGUAAACAAUGCGAUGUCAGCAGAAGAUGAGCCUCAGCAUCUGGAGUUCACAAUGCGAGAGGCAGUGCAGUGCCUGCACGCGCUGGAGGAGUAUUGUCCCUCCAAGGAAGACUACAGCAAACUCUGCCUGCUGCUGACACUGCCCCGCCUGACCAACCACGCCGAGUUCAAGGACUGGAAUCCCAGCACUGCUCGGGUGCACUGCUUUGAGGAAGCCUGUGUCAUGGUGGCAGAGUUCAUCCCAGCCGACAGGAAGCUGAGCGAGGCCGGCUUCAAAGCAAGUAACAACCGCUUGUUCCAGCUUGUCAUGAAGGGAUUGCUUUAUGAAUGUUGUGUGGAAUUCUGUCAGAGUAAAGCAACAGGAGAAGAAAUCACAGAAAGUGAAGUAUUGCUGGGCAUUGAUCUCUUGUGUGGCAAUGGGUGUGAUGACUUGGACCUUAGCUUAUUGUCAUGGCUGCAGAACCUGCCAGCUACUGUGUUUUCUUGUGCUUUUGAACAAAAGAUGCUUAAUAUUCAUGUUGAUAAACUCCUCAAGCCUACAAAAGCUGCGUAUGCUGAUCUUUUGACACCUCUCAUCAGCAAACUUUCUCCUUACCCAUCGUCCCCAAUGAGAAGGCCUCAGUCAGCAGACGCUUACAUGACCCGCUCCUUAAACCCUGCCUUAGAUGGGCUGUCCUGUGGAUUAACAAACCACGAUAAGCGGGUCACAGACCUCGGGACCAAAACUUCUCCAAUGUCGCACUCCUUUGCUAAUUUCCAUUACCCAGGAGUACAGAAUCUCAGCAGGAGCCUCAUGCUUGAGAAUACUGAGUGUCACAGCAUUUUUGAAGAGUCACCUGAGCGUGAUACUCCUGUGGAGCAACAGCGUCCCAUCGGCGGUGAGGCUUUGUGCCAAGGUUCAGUUCCAGAAAAUGAGCCACUCAAUGCAGCACAGAGUCAGGGAUCAGCCAAACAAGAAAAAAAUGAGCUUCGUGAUUCAACAGAGCAGUUUCAGGAAUAUUACAGACAAAGACUACGUUACCAGCAGCACUUAGAACAGAAGGAACAACAACGACAGUUGUACCAGCAAAUGUUGUUGGAAGGAGGAGUAAAUCAAGAAGAUGGAGCUGACCAGCAACAGAAUCUUACUGAACAGUUUCUUAACAGAUCUAUCCAGAAACUAGGAGAAUUAAAUAUGGGUAUGGACAGUCUUGGAAAUGAUGUACAAGCACUUAGCCAGCAAUGUAAUGGGAGCAAAGGGAAUGCAUCUACCAAUCCAGCAAGUAACUUCACAUCACCACCCUCAGAUGGCAGUCAGAGGAUAGCAACUGAUAGCCCAAAUGUUAAUACAAGCACUCCUCGAAAGUGUGGAUCAGCCAAUCAGAUCCCCUUUCCUGAAGAGUCACCUGUACAGGGGAACCAAACCAGUGUAUCAGCACAUGCUGUCACUCAGCCACAGCUGGAAGACGCUUUGGGGAAUUUAGCUAAGGCAAGAGGUGAUGAGGAUGACAAAUCAAAAAAGCAAUUCAUUUGCAUUAAUACUCUAGAAGACACACAGGCUGUCAGAGCUGUAGCCUUUCAUCCCAGUGGGAGUUUAUAUGCUGUUGGCUCCAACUCUAAAACUUUGAGAGUUUGUGCCUAUCCAGAAGUAAUUGACCCAAGUGCUUAUAAUAGUCCUAAACAACCUGUAGUUCGCUUCAAAAGGAAUAAGCAUCAUAAAGGAUCAAUCUACUGUGUAGCCUGGAGUCCCUGUGGACAGCUGUUAGCUACUGGUUCUAAUGAUAAAUAUGUGAAAGUACUGCCUUUUAAUGCAGAAACUUGUAAUGCAACAGGACCAGAUUUGGAAUUCAGCAUGCACGAUGGGACAAUCAGAGACCUUGCUUUCAUGGAAGGCCCAGAAAGUGGUGGUGCUAUUUUAAUAAGUGCUGGAGCAGGGGACUGCAAUAUUUACACAACAGAUUGUCAGCGAGGACAAGGCCUGCAUGCCCUGAGUGGUCACACUGGUCAUAUUUUAGCACUUUAUACAUGGAGUGGCUGGAUGAUUGCAUCUGGAUCCCAAGACAAGACUGUAAGAUUUUGGGAUUUGAGAGUGCCAAGCUGUGUUCGUGUUGUGGGAACAACGUUUCAUGGAACAGGCAGUGCUGUAGCCUCAGUAGCUGUUGAUCCCAGCGGGCGACUCCUGGCUACAGGCCAGGAGGACUCCAGCUGUAUGUUGUACGACAUCCGGGGGGGUCGGAUGGUGCAGAGCUACCACCCCCACUCCAGUGACGUUCGCUCCGUUCGCUUCUCCCCGGGGGCUCACUACUUGCUCACGGGGUCAUACGAUAUGAAGAUCAAGGUGACAGACUUGCAAGGGGACCUCACGAAGCAGCUUCCUCUGAUGGUGGUAGGAGAGCACAAGGACAAAGUUAUCCAGUGCAGGUGGCACACGCAAGAUCUUUCCUUCUUGUCGUCGUCUGCAGACAGGACUGUAACCCUUUGGACCUACAAUGGUUAGAGUGCAAACAAAGGCAACCUAUGCAGCUAAAGCACAGAGACCUGAGACUACAGAACUGUCCAAACAAUAAUAAUGAGGCAUUGAGAGCAGCAGUUGAGCAGGAGAGUGUCUUAUCAAGAAGAGGGGCACUUGUCACUGGUUUUUCUGGUUUCUAGGAGGUCUUGGUGUUUUUAGUAUAUUCUUUUGCAGUGCUUCCAGUCUUCCAUGUUGAACUCAUGCUGCUGUGACCUAUUGUAGUCUUGUUGCCAAAGUCUAUGAGGAGAACUCUUAUGUUGUUGAUGUGCACUCAGAGUAACAUGAAUGAUGUGUUUACAGUUUGGUAUUAAUUGCAUUCCUUGGUCUUUGCCUCAAUGAGAAUUUUGUACAGAACUUAAGUUGAACAACACUUUAAUCAAGUCUGUAUGUAACUAGUUACACCCAUACACACACACACACGUAAAACUUCCACUGUUUUUUCAGGUUCAUUGUAUUGAUCACUCCUCAACAAGAGAUCAGACUUCAUAACAUCUCCACAAUUUCAGUGUUUUUAGUAAAAACAUCUGAACUUUAAAGGCUGACUAGGCAGCAAUCACAUCUUGAUUAUGGUCCAUUAUAUAGUGUGGGAUUUUUUUCUUUCUUUUCAUCUAACCUGGGAAAAAUGUUGCUGUUUUUACUACAUAACAUUGUUUUGAACAAGCUAACAUGUUGGAGGGGGAAAAAGUAAAAUAUUGACUUUUUUCAGUAGAAACAUGUAAUAUUUUACUUUUUGAAUGCAACAGAAUACCUCUGUGUAUAAUGUACUGUAGAAAAGAGUGGAUUGGCAGCAGUUGUCACAGUGAGCUUAAUGGCUAUCAAUUUUUCAAGUAAAAGGGAUACCAUUAAUGCUAUAAUAGAAACCAGCAUGGCUUAAAAUGCUAUGUCUGCAUGAUAAUUUAAGAAUUGUUUAAAUUCCCAGUUCAGAAGCUUAUCUGAAUUUUAUUUCUUGCACUGUUUAUGUAUGGGAAACUGCAGUUUUAUUUCUACAAAACUUUAGAUUCUAAUGUUUAUGUAUUGUUAUAUUUUCAUAUUGUACAGUUCCUUUUAAUUUUUAAAAUAUAAACCUUAAACUUUGGGUUAUUUAUUUAUUUGAACUGCAGUUAAGUUUUGGAUUCUCUUGGUUACUAAAUUAUAUGUGCACUGUAGCAAGCAUUUUUAACUAUCGUAUAAAAGUGGAAAGGUAAAUAUAGAAGUGUAUCUGUGCUAUAAUCUCAAUAAAGACCUCCAACACCUGCA